GGUUCCAUUUUGGUUCUCAUGGGUGUAGUCACCGCCCGAGGCAUGUGGCCACUGCCCUGCAAGAGCGCGGGGGAGAUAGGUGGUGGGCGAGUCUGGGGACUGAGUGAGGAAGGGUCCGUGAUGUUCGCGGUGAGCCGCCCUGGCUCGGUGGCUGGAGGAACGCUGGUCCAGAUCUCCACCCCUUUCUCAGAAGAACCCAAAAUGGCCCAGUCCCUGAGAUCAGUGUCAUUGAAGGAUGUAACUGUAGACUUCAGUCAUGAGGAGUGGCAGCAACUGGACCUUGCUCAGAGAAUCCUUUACUGGGAUGUGAUGCUAGAAAACUAUUUCAACUUGAUCUCAGUGGGAUGUCAUGUUCCCAAACUACAAGUCAUCUUCAACUUGGAGCAAGGACAAGAGUCAUGUGUAUUGGAUGGUAGCAUUUUAGCAAAUCAGAGCUGUCCAGGUGGAGAUUUUGGUUUUGAAACUUCACAACAGGGACUGUCUGAAGAAGUUUCUUUUCAGUCUGAGAGAAUUAAUCUCUUCAUGAGAGAUGACUCAUAUUUCAUUUUAGAAAAAUUGUGGAAGGUUGGUGAAGAAACAGGGAACUACGAGGAAAACUGGAGCAGACUUUUAAGCCAUGUGGCCUUCAUCAGCAAGCAAACACUAGUUAAUGAGAGAGGUUGUGAAUAUAAGGACAUCAGAAAAAUGGUUCCUGUAGAUCUAGACCUGGUUCCUUCCAGAAAAAGACUACGUAACUAUGACUUGUUUGAAAUUAGUUUCAAACCUGUUAUAAGCUUAUGUAAUUACAAUAGAAAAAAUGCAACAGAAAAUCUUGAUAAGGUUAUAAGUUACAGUGAUGUUUUUACUCAUUUGAAUUCUCAUACAGAAGUGAAUGCUUGUGAAUGUACUCAAUGUAGGAAACUUCUGACCCAUAAGCAAGUUCUCAUUCAACAUCAGAAAAUGCACACAAGAGAGAACCUAUAUUUGUUUUCUGAAUAUGUAAAAGUUUUCAUCCAGAAGUCUCAACUUUUUGCACAUCAGAGUCUUUGUACUGUAGAAAAACAAGAAUGCAGCAAAUGUGAGACAGCCUUCCAGAAGCCCCAACUUACUGUAGAUCAGAGGGUUUAUCUGGGAGAGAAACCACAGAGAGGCAUGCAGUAUGGGAAGGGUUGUUCCCCCAAAUCAAACAUGUCUCAUAAUGAAGACAGUUACUCUAAAUGCAGUGAAUAUGGAAGAGCCUUUAUCCAGAAGUCAGAUCUGUUCAGAUGUCAGAGGAUUCAUACUAAAGGAAAACCCUAUGAAUAUAGCGAAAGUGAGAACUGUUCUCAGAAUCUAAACCUCAAUAUCCAUAAAAACAAUCAUACUACAGAGAAACACUUUGAAUGUACGGAGUGUGGAAAAACCUUCACGAGGAAGUCAACACUAAGUAUGCAUCAGAAAAUUCAUACAGGAGAAAAACCUUAUGUAUGUGCCGAAUGUGGGAAGGCCUUUAUCCGUAAGUCACAUUUUAUUACACAUGAAAGAAUUCACACUGGAGAGAAACCCUAUGAAUGCAGUGACUGUGGUAAAUCCUUUAUAAAAAAGUCACAACUCCAUGUGCAUCAGCGAAUUCACACUGGAGAGAAUCCCUUUAUAUGCUCAGAAUGUGGAAAGUUCUUCACUCACAAGACGAAUCUCAUUAUUCACCAAAAGAUUCAUACUGGAGAGAGACCCUACAUAUGUACUGAAUGUGGGAAGGCCUUUACUGACAGGUCAAAUCUCAUUAAACACCAAAAAAUUCAUACUGGAGAGAAACCCUAUAAAUGCAGUGAUUGUGGAAAAUCAUUCACCUGGAAGUCACGGCUCAGGAUACAUCAGAAGUGCCAUACUGGAGAGAGACAUUAUGAGUGCUGUGAAUGUGGGAAAGCCUUUAUCCAGAAAUCAACAUUAAGUAUGCACCAGAGAAUUCACAGAGGAGAGAAACCCUAUGUUUGCACUGAAUGCGGGAAGGCUUUCUUCCACAAGUCACAUUUUAUUACACAUGAAAGAAUUCAUACUGGAGAGAAGCCCUAUGAAUGCAGUAACUGUGGGAAAUCUUUCACUAAGAAAUCACAACUCCAUGUGCAUCAGCAGAUUCACACAGGAGAGAAGCCCUACAGUUGUGUUGAAUGUGGAAAGGCCUUCACUGACAGAUCCAAUCUCUUUACACAUCAGAAAAUACACACUGGUGAGAAACCCUAUAAAUGUACUGACUGUGGGAAAGCCUUCACUCGGAAGUCAGGCCUCCAUAUCCAUCAACAAUCCCAUACUGGAGAAAGACAUUUUGAGUGCAGUGAGUGUGGAAAAGCUUUUGCAAGGAAAUCAACACUGAUUAUGCAUCAGAGAAUUCACACAGGAGAAAAACCCUAUAUUUGCACUGAAUGUGGGAAGUGCUUUAUCCAGAAAUCACACUUAAAUAGACAUAAGAGAAUUCAUACCGGAGAGAAACCCUAUGGGUGCAGUGACUGUGGGAAGUCAUUCAUUAAGAAGUCACAGCUUCAUGAGCAUCAUCAAAUUCACACAGGAGAGAAGCUGCAUACAUGUGCUGAGUGUGGAAAGGCCUUCACCAUCAAGUCAAAUCUUAUUAAACAUCAGAAGAUUCAUGCUAAACAGAGACCCUAUGAAUGUUGCGACUUUGAAAAAGCCUUAAACUGGAGGCCACAACUCAGUAUACAGCAGAAAACUGAUAGUGGAGAUGUAUAAUACCCAGUGCCACAACCGUAACUUGGAGACACACAGGUGAGGGUGCAGCUUGCCUGAGAAACAGGAAGUAGCCAAAUACAACUUUCUUCUCUCUCUCAGAAUAAGGAAUAGCUGGUUCACAAAGCCCAUGUCCAGCCCCACUUCUGUGGGUACUUUGGAGAAAAGUUUCUGAGCAGCUUGUACUGGCCCUGCUCAGUUACUUCCUGACGCAGGAGCUGUCAGUCCCCUGCAAGUCACAAUGGAUAUUCAGGAAAACAACUUGCAAUCUGUCUUGUCUCCCUUUUGGAGUAAGCUGCUGUACAGAUACAAGGAUGUUGGGGUUUCCUGCCCUGGGUAGCAAAACUAUUCAGUAUUGACUUAGUUCAUAACUAGUAGUGUGGUGAGAAAUUUUUUUUUGUUCUCUAAGCACCCUGAGGACACUGAAAUCAAGGCAGAAGGUAGGAAAUUAUAGUCUAUAAUGAAAAGGAACCAGAAGUUUUUGUGCAAAUGGGCACUAGACACAAAGGAUUUUUGUUAAGUCACUGUCAUCUAUUCUUUAUAGAAUGAAUUGGUGUAAUGCUGUGGCAGUAGAUCCCAAAGAGGUCUAAAAUAACUACUAGCCUGUGUCCUAGAAGUGAUCAAUGAUGUGCACAGCAGCCCCUAACUACAUGUUACCUUUGAGUUGGCCUUCAGAAGAUGGAAGUCAGCUACAGGGACCAGGACCUAGGUGACAGCUCUUUUAGAUCCUCAGCUUCGUCCACAAAAACUGGCAAUUUUUUUUUUCCUGAUUCCUAUUUGAAAAAGGAGCAAAUUAAGAAAAUGGGU